GUAGGGAGUAGUUAAUGCACGAAGGGGAAACUGGUGAGUGGCGGAGGGGCAAUUCGGUCACACCAAAAAAGCCAACGGCCAGUUCAGUUUCCCGGAAGGAGGGAAGAAGCACUCGAAACACGGAUAAAAGGGGGAAAAAAUGGAGAAGCAAAAGGGAGAGAAGAAGAAAGCACCACGACGACAAACGGCCCCAGUGAGCGAGUGUGAGGACCAAGGCUGACGAACGAGUGUGAGAGUGAACAGUAGCCGCGCCGGCGAGAGUGCGAAUUUGCUCUUUGCGCUGCCUCCCUCUCUCACGCAGACGAGCCAUCCUCUCUCGCGGCUUUUUCUCCAACAGAUUUCGUCCUGAUCUCCCCCCCUGCGGAAGGGGGACGCUGCCGUGUGCCGUGCCGGAGCGCGUACGCUGAAUAAGCCCCCACCUGGCUGGCUCCAGAAGCCUUCUCGAGAGAGAGGCCAAGGAGAGAGCACGCAGCGGCGCCUACAUAAGCGAGGAACCCGUGUGUUUUCCUGUUCCCGUGUGUUUUCAUUGCUCGGCGGCGGGAUCCUGACGGGCAAAGAAGAGGGUGGUGGUGCGGCGACGAUGGCUGAGGUGAAGCCGGAAGAGAUCAGCUACCCGCCCAUGGAGCAGCUGCAGGGGUUCGAGUACUGCAUCGACUCCAACCCUCCCUGGGGGGAGGCGAUCAUACUGGGAUUCCAGCACUACAUCCUGGCGCUGGGCACGGCGGUGAUGAUCCCGGCGGUGCUGGUGCCCAUGAUGGGCGGGAGCGACGGGGACAGGGUGAGGGUGGUGCAGACGCUGCUGUUCGUCACCGGCAUCAACACGCUGCUGCAGUCGCUGUUCGGGACGCGCCUGCCCACGGUGAUCGGCGGAUCCUACGCGUUCGUGGUCCCGAUAAUGGCCAUCAUACAGGACUCAUCGCUCGCCGCCAUACCCGACGACCACGAGAGGUUCCUUCAGACCAUGAGGGCGAUACAGGGGGCACUCAUCGUGUCCUCCAGCAUUCAGAUCAUCCUCGGCUACAGCCAGCUGUGGGGCAUUUUCUCCAGAUUCUUCAGCCCGUUGGGGAUGGCGCCAGUGGUUGCAUUGCUCGGGUUUGGCCUUUUCGAAAGAGGAUUCCCUGUGGUUGGGAGAUGCGUUGAGGUUGGACUUCCAAUGUUAAUUCUGUUUGUCGUGCUUUCUCAGUAUCUGAAGAAUGUACAGAUAAGAGAUAUUCCAAUACUGGAGAGGUUCUCCCUGUUCAUCUGCAUCGCGUUGGUUUGGGCCUAUGCUCAAAUCCUCACUGCAGGUGGCGCGUAUAAGCAUAGCCCUGAGGUCACUCAGAUCAACUGCCGCACUGACCGUGCCAAUCUCAUCUCUUCCGCGCCAUGGAUUAAGAUCCCUUUUCCACUACAAUGGGGCGCACCAACUUUCAGUGCCGGUCAAUCCUUUGGUAUGGUAUCUGCUGUUCUGGUAUCGCUAGUAGAGUCCACGGCUUCUUACAAAGCUGCGGCUCGGCUUGCAAGUGCUACUCCACCUCCAGCACAUAUCCUCAGUAGAGGCAUUGGGUGGCAGGGAAUUGGUAUCCUUCUUGAUGGGCUAUUUGGAACGGGUACUGGCUCCACCGUGUCAGUGGAGAAUGUCGGGUUGUUAGGAUCAACGAGGAUCGGGAGCCGACGAGUUAUACAGAUCUCUGCCGGCUUCAUGAUCUUCUUCUCCAUGCUAGGAAAAUUUGGAGCAUUGUUUGCUUCCAUCCCAUUUACCAUCUUUGCGGCCGUGUACUGCGUCUUGUUUGGACUAGUUGCGGCAGUGGGGCUCUCCUUCUUGCAGUUUACUAACAUGAACUCCAUGCGCAACCUCUUUAUCGUCGGUGUCUCCAUCUUUCUUGGCCUAUCUGUGCCCGAAUACUUUUUCCGGUACAGCAUGGCCGCUCAGCGUGGCCCUGCGCACACAAAAGCUGGAUGGUUCAACGACUACAUCAACACUAUCUUCUCAUCGCCUCCGACGGUCGGACUGAUCGUGGCCGUCUUCCUGGACAACACGCUGGAGGUGAAAAACGCGGCCAAGGACCGGGGGAUGCCAUGGUGGGUACCGUUCCGGUCGUUCAAGGGGGACGCCAGGAGCGAGGAGUUCUACAGCCUGCCCUUCAACCUCAACCGCUUCUUCCCUCCGUCUUAAAACCAGCACGGGGAGAAGUUUGAGGGAAACGGGGAUUUCGUCGCUGAUGCGCGAUCGAAUCGUUUGUGUCUGUGUCAGAAAGAACUCAGAAUGCUGAGCAGAGGCAAUGUAGAUGUUCUUCUAGUUGGCCAUUAUUUCAUUCGUUGAUUUUGUUGUGCUUA